UGGAGAGUGUAAACAAAGUUGUGAAAUGUGUGGUUAAAGUCGCUCACAUCCCUACAGUCCUUAUAUGGAAGCUAGGCCUGUUUUGUUUUUGUGAUGUCACAGAAACCAAUGCAUUUACAUGUAUAUAUCCACGAUUAUAAUGAGUGUUUCAUCCCAGACUGCUUUUCGAAUGAGGACUGACACAGCGCAGGUUGUCAGAAAAGUAAUUUACGAAAGUGUGGGCGAUAUGACUCUAUACUUCCAGACAGUUUCACGAGGUGAGGGGAAGGGGGAGGACCAGGAGGGCUCUAAAGAGAAGGCUCAGAAGCAGAAGAAGAGCAAAAAGGAGCAACAGGAUGUGGAGAGAGCGGAGGCCACCGUUUCCGCGCCUCCCACCAUCACUGCCCCGGCCCCGGCGCAGGCCGAUGACGGACAGCGAGCGGAGGCAGGACAGUCCGAGCCCUCGGCUCCUGUCGCUGAAGCGGCUCUCGGCACUCCAGAAGCUUCUUCCUCAGCUAAGCAGCGGCGUUCUAUCAUUCGGGACCGGGGUCCGCUGUAUGAUGACCCCUCGCUGCCCCAGGGCUGGACGCGAAAACUGAAACAGCGGAAGUCGGGGAGGUCCGCUGGCAAAUUUGACGUCUACCUGAUCAACCCAGAAGGGAAAGCCUUCCGUUCCAAAGUGGAGCUCAUGGCGUACUUCCAAAAGGUGGGAGACACCACCACAGACCCAAAUGACUUUGACUUUACGGUCACAGGGCGGGGUAGCCCCUCCCGCAGGGAGAAGAGACCGCCGAAGAAGCCCAAAGUGGUCAAGCCGUCUGGACGGGGGAGGGGCCGCCCGAAGGGAAGCGGCAAGGUACGGCAGGCCACAGAAGGCGUGGCAGUGAAGCGCGUUGUAGAGAAGAGUCCGGGGAAACUCCUCGUCAAGAUGCCCUUCGUGGCACCCAAAAUUGAAGCGGGGACCCCUUCGGGGCAAGUUCCCGUCGCCAAACUGCGUCCGGGGCGCAAGAGGAAAGCGGAGAAGGAGCCGCAAAGCGCCCCCAAGAAGCGAGGCCGGAAGCCCGCCGCUGCCACUCAGGCCAUGGCUGGGGCGGGUUCCAGUGUGGCCUACGCGGCCGCUGCUAUGGUAACAGCGGAAGCCAAGAAGAAAGCGCAGAAGGAGUCUGCGCCCAAGCCCGUGCAAGAAAAGGCACUUCCCAUCAAGAAGCGCAAGACGCGGGAGACCAUGGAGGAGGCGGAGGGGUCUGCCGGCACCGCGACCGAGGGGACCGCGCCAAGCAGUGGCACGAGCGUAGCAAAGCGACCCGCAACGCAAACGGCACCUCCUGCUGGAACAGAGUCAGAAAUGGGACAAAAGCUUCACAAGCACUCGGGCCGGAAGCACAAGGAGGCGCAGGAUCCUGGAAACGGAAGCAGCGGGAGCGGCGGCAGUGGACCGAAGAGCCACAAGAAGAGAGAUCAGCGAGGGCAACACUUCAAACACCUUCACCACCAUCACCACCAUCACCAACACCACCUGCCGGUGAUGGAGCCUUCCACCUUCACCCCACAGGCCCACCAGCUCUCCCUUGGCCACUCCAUUCAAGGGGGGCCCCCGGCGCCUAUUCCUCCGCCCAUCCAGGCAGAGAACGAGCCCCAGGACUUGAGCACCUCCAGGCCCAGGCAGGAACAACUAGCCUGCAGGGAGGACAGAACCGACAGCCGUGCGCCCAGAGACACUCCAUCAGCUGGCAAGAUGGUGGCCGCAGAGCUGCGAGCCCAGCAGCAGCAGCAGCAGCAGCAUGGCACUGUGACGGGGGAGGGGAAGGAGCUGAGAGACAUUGUUCCUCCCUCCGCCGUUCCCAGGCCAAGCCGGGAAGAAACGGUGGAGUCCAGGACACCUGUGAGUGAACGUGUGAGCUGACUGACUGACUGACAGACAGACAAACUGACCAAUCAGCAGCGACGGCUGUGUUUUGCGCGCAGGAAUAGAGGCACUCACAGGGGGAGGAGUCAUUUUUGUUUUUCUUUCUUGUUAUGUUUUUCGUUUUUCUAACCGAGGAAAAAAAAAACAAAACAAAAAAAAAACACAAAAAAAUGUAAACGUACUUAUACAAAAGGCAGCUGUUGUGUCUAGUUCUCUUUGCGAGUUGGAUGCAGGGCGAUAACCAUCGCAGACGUACUGCUUCCGGAAGAAUUCUAAGACAGUUUCUUUAAUUUGCCCGUUUUCAG